AUGAAGCACAAGCGCAAGAAAGACAACGACUACUCGGACGAUCGGGAUAUUGUCGAAGAGAGUCAAGACGUCGACGACCCGCCAAGACAGCGCGUUACAAGACCGGAUCGAGUUCAACACAUCGCCGAAAACAAGAAUACCGACUGCGUUGCUGUCAAUGGCUGUUAUGGUAUGACUACGUCAACGCUGCAAGAAACAUGCUGGAACUGUUCAAGAGUGGGCUGA